UAUAUAAAUGUACCCAAUAUAAAUGUACUCUUGGAUGUGGGUUUGGAAACAUAUUAUCUUUUCAUUUCCCUGUGUAUUUGAACAAGUACUACUUACUACUCACCUUGUUCUCAUUUCUCAAACCUUUGAAGGACAUCAUUAUUGUUAUAAAAAGGAACAAGAAAGUGAGAGAAAAACAAAGAAAGAAAGGGAAGAGAAGAGGGAGAUGGAAGAGACAAAGUCUAGGUUUGAAAGGAUUUGUGUGUUUUGUGGAAGCAGUUCAGGGAAGAAAGCUAGCUACCAAGAAGCUGCUGUCGAGUUAGGCAAGGAACUGGUGGAGAGAAGGAUUGAUUUGGUCUACGGAGGUGGAAGCGUGGGAUUGAUGGGUCUUGUUUCUCAGGCAGUUCAUGAUGGUGGGCGCCAUGUUCUAGGUGUUAUUCCAAGGACCUUGAUGCCUAGAGAGAUUACUGGUGAGACUGUUGGAGAAGUAAGAGCUGUGUCUGAUAUGCACCAAAGGAAAGCUGAAAUGGCACGACAGGCUGAUGCCUUCAUUGCACUCCCCGGUAUGAGUUCUAUUCAGUUCGUACAUCACCUCUCUUGUUCUUAUAAUUUAUUAGUCUCCAGUGGCUAUGGCACCCUUGAAGAACUGCUGGAAGUUAUUACAUGGGCGCAGCUUGGAAUCCAUCGAAAACCUGUGGGUCUCUUGAAUGUGGAUGGAUAUUACAAUUCUUUAUUGUCUUUCAUCGAUAAGGCCGUAGAUGAAGGCUUUAUUUCACCAACCGCACGACGCAUUAUCGUGUCUGCCCCAACUGCUAAACAAUUGGUCAGACAACUAGAGGAAUACGUUCCCGAAUACGAUGAAAUAACAUCAAAAUUAGUAUGGGAUGAAGUGGAUAGACUUAGCUACGUGCCGGACUCCGGGGUUGCCACCUGAUAUGUUGUCUCGCUUCCGCUUUAUAUUCCGUUUCCUUUUUUGGGUUUUGCCUACUAAGUAUAUAUAGGGGUAUAUACGGUUGUAAUGCCGUACAACCAUCCAAGGAUGGGAGAGGAACUUUUUUGGUGGAAUUUUGGAAGUUGGCCAGCCAGCGCGGGGUCCCAAGGGGAGUCUGAUAUAUACAUGUCUGUAGAGAAAAGAUGUAGUGACACUUUCCCCCUAUGUGAAACAGUGAAGAAAUCAUCA